UCGGGAACUCCGCAGAAAUGGCAACCUCCGGUUGUAGAAGACGAAAAAGGACGUUGUCGUUUUGAGAAAGAAUCUAUUUUUACAAUAAUAUCAUCAUUUUACUCUUGAACCCACAAAUCUCUCGCGAUUCUCUAAUCAACCAGCCGAUUUACAGUCUCUUUUCAAUGGCGAAUCAACCAAACUCUGAACCAAUCGGUGUUGCCACCGAUCUAGUCGAUUUCUUGAAUGCUUCCCCAACGGCAUUCCACGCAGUUGAUGAGGCGAAGAAACGGCUGAAUAGUGCUGGAUAUGAACAAAUUUCGGAGAGGGGGGAAUGGAAAUUACAAGCUGGAAAUAAGUAUUUUUUCACUAGGAACCACUCCACCAUCGUGGCCUUUGCAAUUGGUCAAAAAUAUGUUGCUGGCAAUGGGUUCCAUAUUAUAGGUGCUCAUACUGACAGUCCAUGCCUAAAACUGAAGCCUGUCUCAAAGGUAUCCAAAGGUGGGUACUUGGAGGUAGGUGUGCAGACUUAUGGAGGAGGUCUAUGGCACACGUGGUUUGAUCGCGACCUAACCAUUGCUGGAAGGGUCAUAAUCAGAGAAGGAAAAGAGGGUUCCGGUUCUUAUUUACAUAAGCUAGUUAGGAUACAUGAGCCGAUAAUGCGAAUCCCGACUUUGGCAAUUCACUUGAACAAGGGUGUUAGUGAAGGAUUUCAAGUGAAUACGCAAACCCAUCUGCUGCCAGUCUUGGCAACAUCAGUUAAGGCAGAGCUUAAUAAGGUGGUCUGCAAGAAUGGUCCUGUUGAAAGUGAAGGUUCAACUGCGAACAAAAAGUCUGAUGAAAAAUCAAACAUCAUUUCGCCAAAGCAUCAUCCACUUCUUUUACAGCUUCUCUCGGAACAGAUUGGCUGUGAACCAGGAGACAUUUGCGAUUUUGAGUUACAGGCCUGCGAUACACAACCGAGUGUAAUAGCUGGUGCAGCUAAAGAAUUCAUAUUCUCCGGAAGACUUGAUAAUUUAUGCAUGUCAUUUUGCUCCUUAAAGGCAUUAAUAGAUAGUACCUUGUCUGGAAGUCUUGAGAAUGAGAACAAUAUAAGGAUGGUUGCUUUAUUUGACCACGAGGAGGUUGGUUCAAAUUCUGCCCAGGGCGCUGGCUCUCCUGUAUUGUUUGACGCCUUGUCUCGAAUUACAAGUUCCUUCAGUUCAGAAUCCAAGCAAUUACUGGAGAUAGCAUUUCAAAAGAGUUUUGUCGUGUCUGCUGACAUGGCACAUGCACUGCAUCCCAAUUACAUGGAUAAACAUGAAGAAAAUCAUCAGCCAAAAUUGCAUGGCGGGCUUGUAAUAAAAAACAAUGCAAAUCAACGCUACGCAACAAAUGCAAUCACUUCUUUUUUGUUCAGGGAGAUAGCGGCAAAGCAUAACCUUCCAGUUCAGGAUUUUGUGGUUCGCAAUGACAUGGGUUGUGGGUCAACAAUUGGUCCGAUUCUAGCUAGUGGAACUGGAAUAAGGACGGUUGAUGUUGGGGCGCCGCAGUUGUCUAUGCACAGCAUAAGAGAGAUGUGCGCGGUUGAUGAUGUGAAGCAUUCUUAUGAACAUUUCAAGGCAUUCUUUCAAGAAUUCUCUCAUCUUGAUAAUAAGCUUGCUGUGGACAUGUAAACCACCACCUGCCUUUGUUUCAAACUUCACUUUUCUUUUUUUAAUUUACUUGCAAGAACUUUAAACUUGUUUGGCUUAAGACCUGAUGAAGAAACAAAGUGUUUCAUUAUUACAGUUUUAAUAUGAUAUUUUACCUUCUAGUUA